GUAUUUUUUGCUUUUUGGUGGGUUUGUUAGAAAGAAUAAUCGCCCAAAACAACGCCACCAAAUUUAAUGCUUUCUCGAACUCUUCUUCUUUAUAUAAAACCGUGUUUUCUAAGUAAACUUUGCAUUUUUUAACAAGACUCCAGUCAGCACAAUUCACAAACCCUUUUGAUUCAACCACAAGCUUUGAUUUCUUAGUUUAAAAAGUGAUGAUUUUUACGAAAGAUAAGAUCACUGUGAAAUACUAAGUUACUAACAAAAUGAAUUCUGGUGGAAUUAUCUACAAAGGUUUUGUCAUUGCUGCUCUUAUGGGUGAACAUUGAGUUUGCGGCCUCCAUGCAAGAUGUUCAAAUUGCCACUGUCUAAAAAAAGCCCUUAGAAUGGUUCAGAGAUCUGCUUUAGUCAUUAUCGGGGUUUCCGUCGGUGUUGCUGUUGGAGUUGUUGUAGCUUCUCUGGUCUAUUUUGGCAUACGGUGGUUCAGAAAGCAUGCUAAUCUGCAGCAACAAGCAAAUGAACGAUCCUUGUCAACUCUUCCUAUACGUAGGAAUGGUCAGGACAAGAGCUUUGACUCAAGUGCAUCAUUCUCUGAUUCUGUUACUGUUAAGAUUAUAGAUCAUCCUGCACAAAAAUCUCAGCAUUUGUGGUGGAGUCACCAUAGCAAGGAUAAGAUUGCUCCCACAAGUGGUAUACCUAGAUACCCUUACAAGGAUAUCCAGAAAGCUACGCAGAACUUUACAACUAUCCUGGGGCAGGGAGCCUUUGGCCCAGUGUAUAAAGCAAAAAUGCCUUCUGGGGAGAUGGUUGCUGUCAAGGUGCUUGCCUCUGAUUCGAGACAAGGAGAAAAAGAAUUUCAAACUGAGGUCUCUCUACUUGGUAGACUGCAUCACAGGAAUUUGGUGAACUUGGUUGGAUAUUGUGUAGAUAAAGGGGCACACAUGUUGAUUUAUGAGUUCAUGAGUAGUGGUAGUCUGGCAACCUUUUUAUAUGAUGAGGAGAAGAGAACUUUGAACUGGGAAGAACGGUUGCAAAUUGCACUUGACAUUUCUCAUGGGCUCGAAUAUCUUCAUGACGGGGCAGUCCCAGCUGUCAUACACCGUGAUUUGAAGUCUGCUAAUAUAUUAUUGGACAAUUUGUAUAGAGCAAAGGUUGCUGAUUUUGGGCUGUCGAAGGAAGAGAAAUUUGGUCGCAGUAAUUCAGGCCUUAAAGGAACUUAUGGUUACAUUGAUCCUACGUACAUAUCAACAAACAAGUUCACAGCAAAGAGUGACAUUUAUAGUUUUGGAAUCAUACUCUAUGAACUCAUUACAGCCAUCCAUCCACACCAAAACUUGAUGGAAUACAUUAAUCUGGCCGCCAUGAGUUCAGACGGCAUUGAUGAAAUUCUUGAUAAACGACUGGUUGGAACAUGUAAUGUUGAAGAAGUGCGUAGCCUCGCUCACAUUGCCCAUAAAUGCUUGCACAGCACACCCAGGAAACGCCCCUCAGUUGGGGAGGUUAUGCAGGCAAUAUCUAAAAUCAAACAGAGGCACAUGGGUAAAAAAAAUGUGUUGUCAUUAUCAGAAGACGAUUUUUCAAGUGUGGUUAGCCGAAUAGAGUCGCAACACAUAGAAAUGGGUAGACUAACCAGCAUAGCUGAGAGAGCUUAAAAGAUCCCUUAUAAGUUAUUUUUAUUUUUGUAACUUGUACAACAGAUGCAUAUAUGAUGCAUAUAUGGUAGUAGCCUGAAGAUCUUGUCAUCCCAGUUUUAUGUUUGAGGCCAGUAAACCCACUUACUCCCGAAUUUCAUUUUAUAAGGGAAAUCAAGUAAUUAGUGGUUUAGCGUGA